GGAAAUUAACCAUCAGCUUCAUUCAAUUUCAACGAAAUUUACAGUAGGCUUCAUUCCUCCCUCCCGAAGUCAAAAGAUUGGGGAAAACCGUGUGCUCUCUCUCUCAAAUGUCAAAAGUAGCGGCAAAACAGAGCAUUACCUCGAUAUGUUUCACGAUCACAAAAUCAUCUUCUUACUCGUGAUCACCAUUACCGCCGCUGCCGCAGAUCCUUAUCACAUUUCGAUCAACUGCGGUGGAGAUGCACACGGCGGCAGACACUGGCUCCAAGAAGGCUCAUCAAUCGUCUCAACCACCAAGGGAGGCCUCAUCACAGCCCGAAUUUCUGGCUCUCGGUUCUCCUAUUCCUUGAAGCUGAGUCCAGGUCAGAAAAUCCUCCGUCUCCACUUCCAUCCAUCGUCCUACAAUGGUUUCGAGAGCUCCAACGACUUGUUCUCAGUCGAAGCUGGUAAUUCGUCGUUACUAGCUAAUUUCAGUGCUUCCGUAACUGCUCGUGCUCUUACUGUCAAUGUUAUUGUUAAACAAUUCUGUGUAACUGUGGAAGAAAAUGAGACUCUUAACAUAGCUUUCUCCCCUGAUUUGGGCAAUAGCUAUGCUUUUGUCAAUGAGAUUGAGAUUAUCUCAAUACCUUCCACCAAUCCUCUUUACUCUGAUGGUGAGGUUGCCCCAAAUCCUAUCAUCCAUGUUGACAACAGCACCGUUCUUGAAAGGGUUCAUUAUCAGCACAUAAAAUGGGGGCCUGUUUCGUCCGGGGAUGAUAUCACUUCCAUGUUCGGGAUGUGGUCUAAACAACCACGUGUUGGAGAAGACGCGGAAAUAGGUACUAAUAAGACAUGGAGAGUGUCUGUUGACGCGGGGUUCAGAUUCAAGUACUUGGUGAGGCUUCACUUGUGUGAGGCAGGACUCCACAUGGAUUUUGUGCUUCUCAUCAAUGGCAGGGUAGCCUUAACCAGUGCUGACAUGCUCCAACAGGGGAGGGGAAAUAGAGAACUCUUUUGGUAUAACAACUAUGUGGUGAUGGAUGAACAGCUCAAGCAAGGUGAUAUCUCUAUUUCUCUGCACUCUCUCCAUGAAUUCUUGGAUCGACACGGCCCACUUGAAGGAUUUGAAGUGUUCAAGAUGAGCAGUCAUCAAAGUGACUAUGUUCUGAUGCAGAUACCAGAUUCAUCAUUACUGACACUGCUGCACUCUCUAGUAUACAGUAUCUUGUUCCUUAUAUGUUGCAUAGUCUUUUUAGUCUAUUUGGAGCACAAAUUAUCCCAUAUAAAGUUUACCAGGGAGGAUAAUAAACCAUUGUCCAGGGAAAAUCAACUCAGUAAUCGCUUUUCACUAGCUCGGAUCCUAGGAAUAUGUGGAUAUGGUGGAGACGGAAAAGGGUUGGUGGAUUAUGGAAGAGAGAUUGUUGUCAUAAAGCCAUUAAAGAUGGAUUCCAACCAAAGGGAGAACAAGUUCCGGAAUGUGAUUGAGGCACUAUGGGGUCUUCGACACGUUUCCCUUAUUGGUCACUGCAGGGAGCAGCAGGCGGUGGCUGACCACCUCUACAAACUAGCAAGGAAAAGCAAUAACAUUUUUCCUAAAUCUUGUAAGCAACGACUCCAGAUCUGCGUUGAAGUCAGUCAGGCACUAGAGUACCUUCACACUGGCCCCAUGGUGCAUCGAAAUCUGAAGCCUGCAAAUAUUCUGCUUGAUGACAAGUUUGUGGUUAGACUUGCAGAUUUUGGCGUUGCUAAAACUGUGAGUAUCAGCGAGUCACAGAGCCAAGAUAGCACAAAGCUUAUAGGAACACAUGGAUACAUUGCCCCGGACUUUAUUACUAGUGGUGAAGGAACAAAACAUAGCGACAUCUAUUCUUUUGGUGUAGUGGUGUUGGAAGUAUUGUGUGGAAGAGCUGGUAGAGAGCCACGGACUAAAGUCGAAGAUGUUGAUUAUGAUAAAAUAGAUUUUGGCAAUCAUGAAGAGGUUGAAUUGGAAGUUCUCAUGGACUCCUCGACCGACUCACAGCAGCAGCAGUUGCCUCCAGGGUUCGAGUUCUACCCCACAGAUGCAGAGCUGGUGGUCUAUGCCAUGAAGAGAGCCACCAGGAAUUUCAGAAGUGAUUUAGUGCUGGGAGAAGGAGGUUUUGGCAGCGUUUACAAGAGGUUUAUGAAUUGUGAAAGUGACCAAUGCUUUCGUGAAUGGCAGUCAGAAGUGAACUUUGUUAGAAGAGUGGUGAAGCUGUUGGGCUACUGCCAUGAUAAUAAGCAGCUUCUCCUUGGAAGGCUUUCUCAUUUGAAUCUGUUGAAGUUAUUUGGAUACAGAAGGGAUGAUAACGAGCUGCUUCUUGUGUAUGAAUUCAAGAAAAAAGGAAGCUUCGAAAACCACCCUUGUUAUGGUCAGCCACUGCUAGGACCUACGUGGAGGAAAAUAUGGAUCGGAGCAUCUCAGGGGCUUCAAAACUUACACAGUUCAGACAUAAAAGUUAUCUACAGGGACUUCAAAUCUUCAAAAAUACUGCUUGACAAAUCGUACAAUGCCAAGAUAUCUGAUUUUGGCCUUGCAACAACGGGUCCAUUCGCUGAUAAAACCCCUGUGUCAGCACGGAUUAUGGGAACAUUUGGAUACACAGCACCAGAAUAUAUCACGACAGGUCAUGUAAAUGUGAAGAGCGAUGUGUACGGAUUUGGCGUGUUGUUACUAGAAAUGCUAACAGGCUUGCAAGCAAUUGACCAGAGACGUAGCGGUGAACAACAAAACUUGGUUGUUUGGAUGAAGCCGCGCUUAUCUGACCAGAGGAAACUGAUCCAUACAAACAGCAGAUCCACGAUGAUUGGAACAACUCGUGGCAUGCACGCAGUAGAAGUACCAGUUAUCUAUAGAGAUUUCAAGGCAUCAAACAUUCUUUUAGACGACUGUUUUGAUUUAUCGACGGAUACAGCGCUUAUCGAGCAACCGUCCAUCACAGCCGCGCCAACUCCAGCUAAAAAACAAGUUCAACAAAUUCAACAGCCUGAGCAUAACAAGGCACACGUUCCAGCCCAAGCUCCGGCUCACAGUGAUUGGUCGAAACAGAAGCGAGAUGUUGAGUUUGAAGUAGAAUGGAGUGGAGUGGAGAUCAUCAACAAUAUACUCUUAUCUAUCGUGUGAUUGUGAUUUUAGUAAUCUAAUCUCUAUACUCUAUUGAUACCAGUCAUUGUAACAUGUUACUAGUAAAUAAAAUGGAAAAUAAAAAUAAGUAUAGAGUUAGUUGAAGCAUAAACUGAAGUACUUAUGCUCAAUGUGUGUGUGUUUGAUAUCAUCCCUAUUUCUUGAUGAGAGUUCAUCCUCUUCAAGAAAAUCUACAUGUAAUUUGAUACAUUAUUGUAUCCAUAUCUUUUCUUUCUAUGGAGUUUCUGUUUUAUA